CACUCUUCCCGCCAGCCAGCCGGGGAUUAAAUUUCAGCUGACGCAGCAUGCACAGAACCCCGUAUAUAAGAUCUUCCACGUUAAAUACAAUUCCGGAAAACAAAUCAGUGUAAUUUAAAACGUGAUAAACACUAAGAAUAACAGUAAUAUAUAUAAAUAUGACGAAAUAAACAUUAAUAGUUUGUAAAGUGUUCGAUCAGCGGCAACUCUCCCGCACGUUCCUCCGCCGCCUGCUGCAUGUGCUUACCCGCCACGGAUAAUGUGAUGUCAUUUGUAGUUGUGGAGUUUCUGGAUGAAAAGGCAGUUGAAGUUGUUCCCAAGUCAUGGAUAAUGCAUAAAGAAAAAGGUCUGUUUUGUUACUGGCCUCCAAGGGCAGGUGCUGCAGCCAAGGUGAAAAAGGAAGAAAUCCCAGAUAAAGAAAAAUGGAAUUCAUACGAGAUAAGGAUUUUUUCAUCUGCAGAAACCUACAGCAAGGCCCAGGAACUGUCCAGGAGAGCAGAGGUUACGUCAAAUGUUGAAACAGAACCUGAAGGUCCAAAAAGCAGAGUUACCAAAAAGCCUGCUAGAUAUGACUUCUCAGAUGAAGCUGAUGAUGAAGGCGAUAAUCCUGAGUUCUCCCACACUCCAUCUGUAGCUGUUCUGCCACAAUCUCCUCACCUAAAUGUUGGACUUUCCAAAACAAGCUCGCAUCAUACCAAAAACUCAGUUGUUCAUGAAAGAUUUUCCUCCCCAGAAUGGUCUGAUGCAUCCUUCAAAACCAGAUCCUCAUCACGGUCCUCAGAAAUAAUACAUGUUAACGCACAAGAUUUGAAAAAAAAAUACACAUCAGCUUCAUCAGACCGAGGUGCAACAGAACUUGUACCUGUUUCACAGACAGAGUUUGCAGAGUUCAAGAGCGCUGUAAUGGCAAACUUCAAGACAAUCCAGGAAAACCAGCGGCUGAUGUUAAGCUGCCUACAGUCUUCUUCCAGUGGGCUAGGGGAUGAUGUGGAGGAUGUACUGCCAGCUCCAGUAAGCAGCUUGGAGGAACUGGAUGACCUAAACUCUAAAUUGGCUGAUCAAUCUUUCAAAAGGAAUUUGCCUCAAAGGAAAGAAAGGGAAGCUACCAUUUAGUGAUCUUCCCAUCUGCAAAGUUAUCAUCAGAGCAUGCAUGAGAACCUACAAAGAAGCAAAAACCUCUGCAGUGGAGCAUCAAAUUAGUGAGGCCCUGAAGCAUGCUCCUAAGAGGAAAGGUGGCCAAAAAUACAAGGU